AGGGUGACAGCGGGGCCGUGGUCGUGCAAACAGCCCCGGGGAAGGUGGUGACACACCGGGGCGGCACCAUCAUCCUGCCCUGCCGGUACCACUACGACGUGUCCACCCACGACCCGGCUGAGAUCCGCCUCAAGUGGACCAAGGUGACGGAGCCGAUGGCCUUCGUGGACGUCUUCGUGGCACUGGGGAAGGCGCGGCGCGCGUUCGGCAGCUACCGCGGCCGCACGGCUCUGCAGGAGGACGGCUUCGGCGACGCUUCGCUCAUCAUUCGCAACGUCACCCUGCAAGACUACGGCCGCUACGAGUGCGAGGUGACCAACGAGCUCGAGGAUGACACCGGCAUGGUCAAGCUGGACCUCGAAG